UUUCCAUACAUUAUCCAAUUCAUAAUUCACUGAAAAUGGCUCCCAUAUCCAAUCAUCAACCCCAUGCAGUAUGCUUUCCAUAUCCAGCUCAAGGUCACAUAAAUCCAAUGAUGAAGCUAGCCAAACUCCUCCAUUCGAAAGGCUUUUACAUCACAUUUAUCCACACUGAAUAUAAUCAGAAACGCUUGCUCAAAUCUAGCGGUCCGAAUUCUCUUGACGGGUUACCUGAUUUUCGAUUCGAAACCAUACCUGACGGUCUUCCUCCGUCUUCUGAUCCGGAUUCUAAUCGCGAUAUAUUAGCUCUGAAUCGAUCUGUUACUGAGAAUUGCUUGGAACCGUUUCGUAAACUUCUUGCGAAACUCGAAUGUUCGGAUGGUGUUCCGCCGGUUUGUUGUAUAGUUGCUGAUGGUAUUAUGACUUUUACGCUUGAUGCUGCUCAGGAAAUUGGGGUUCCUGAUUUUUUGUUUUGGACUUCGAGUGCUUGUGGGUUUUUAGCGUAUUCGUAUCAUAAACAUCUCGUUGAAAAAGGGCUUGUGCCACUCAAAGAUGCGAGCUAUUUAUCAAAUGGUUAUCUAGACACAACUAUUGAUUGGAUUCCAGGCAUGGAAGGGAUUCGUCUGAAGGACUUACCGACUCUGAUUCGAACAACAGAUCGAAAUGAUUUCUUUUUAAACUUUGCAAUUCAAGAAACAGAUAGAAGUGCAAAAGCAUCAGGAAUUAUUCUGAAUACUUAUGAUGAGUUAGAAACUGAAGUUUUGGUUGCUCUCUCAUCUAUGUUCCCUCCAAUCUACACCAUUGGUCCUCUUCACUUACUGUCCGAUAAAAUACCUCAGAGAGAUGGAAUGAUAUCGAAUUUCGGUUCCAGUUUAUGGAUUGAUAAUGUCGAAUGCUUCAAAUGGCUUGAUUCGAAAGAACCUAAUUCAGUUCUUUACGUGAACUUCGGUAGCAUGACGAUUAUGACACCCCAACAAAUCGUGGAACUUGCAUUCGGACUUGCUAAUAGCAAGCAAAGUUUCCUUUGGAUUAUACGGCCUGAUAUGGUCGAGGGCGAGUCUGCAAUUCUGCCAGAAGAAUUUGUGGUCGAGACUAAAGAAAGAGGCCUAAUGACAAGCUGGUGUCGUCAGGAAAAGAUCCUGAACCACCCGUCAAUCGGGGGGUUCUUAAGCCAUAUGGGAUGGAAUUCGACAAUUGAAAGCUUGAGCAGUGGUGUGCCUAUGAUUUGUUGUCCGAAUAACGGCGAGCAAACGACUAAUUGUUGGUUUGCUUGCAAGAAAUGGGGUGUUGGUUUGGAGAUAGAUGGUGAUGUUAAAAGAGAUGAGGUGGAGAAGGUUGUAAGAGAACUAAUGGAGGGAGAUAAAGGUCAAGAAAUGAGAAAAAAGGCUUUAGAAUGGAAGAACAAGGCAGAACAAAGUGCAGAUUUAAAUGGCAAAUCAUUUAUGAACUUGGACAGAUUGUUUAGUGAGGUUUUGCUAUCACAAAAUAAAUGAUAAUAAUUUAGUUAUGACUUUGUUAUUGCAAUUUUGGCAUUUCAAGGUUUGUUUUUCGAAUUAUUUGUUUGAUUACAUAAGUUUUGAGUUGUGUAUUAUGCUCUGAUUUGGUACCUAGUGAUUGAGUUGGUGGUAACUUUGUUGUAAAAUUGGAAGAAUCUCUAAAAAUGAAAUCUAUAAAUGGAGUUUAUGAA